UGUACCUACAAACCCUCAGAGACUUACAGCAUCUGUAGAUCUCACACUGCUCGAUUGGCCCUCUUCAGUAAAAGCUUUUUGACAUUCACGCUCAGUCACUGGAAAGAGGUGUGUUUCUUGCUUUUCAGGAUGAGGUGCAUCACCCUCUUUCUUGUGUUGUCGCUGGUGGUCCUCAUGGCUGAACCCGGGGAGGGUUUUAUAUUCCACAUCAUCAAAGGACUCUUUCACGGUAAUCGACAUGGCAUGGAAGAGCUGCAAGACCUGGACCAACGUGCCUUUGAACGAGAGAAAGCUUUUGCCUGAGUCCAUGAUAGCCCAGUGAAGGAGCCACUCAUUGUUAACACAAAAAGAAAAGAUUUUUGAGUAUAGGAAGUAUUAGCUCAAUUGGGUAACCAAAAUAUUUUACACUGAUCUAAUUGAUUUUGGAAAAAAUGUUAGUUAUUUGAAAUAAAUCUGUAAUUUGUGUUACACACAAA